GUUGCUGCGUGUUUAUAAGAGAUACAUAAAAGUGAAAUAAUAAUUAUUUCUGGAAAUGAAUGAAGAAAUUAAGAAAUGUGUUAUUUGUGGGGAUAAAGCAAGUGGUAAUAAUUUCAAUGUCAUGACAUGUGAAUCGUGUAAAGCAUUCUUCCGACGAAAUGCGCUAAAGUCUAUGGAAUUUCAAUGUAGUUUAAGGGGUAAUUGUCAAAUAAAUUUGAUUUCACGAAAAUAUUGUCGUAGUUGUCGACUUAAGAAGUGCUUAUCUAUGGGAAUGAAAAAAGAAUAUAUUCUGUCGGAUGAGUUAAAACAGUUACGAAGAAUUAUAAGAAGUAACAAAAUAGUAGCCGAGAAUACCAUUGACUUCACAACUGAAAUGAAUAGUAUAUCAGAUGUUGUCUAUCGAAAGGUUGUUGAGUUUGACUUUGCAGUCAUACCUAUCCCUCGGCCCAUAACUGACACGAAAACAUUUGGAGAACUAGAGGGCUAUCGACUGUCGGAGCUCUUGAAUGCCACAAAUAUACUCAUCAAUCCUUUGACUGACAAUAAAAUUACUUAUGAAGUGAAGGAUAUGGUUGAGGCCCAAAGGGAAUGGUGUCGUAAUUUUGAAAAAGAGAUUCCUAAAUAUGUGAAAAGUGCCAAAGUGCUAGCUAUUAUACUAUUCAAUGAUGAGAGACCUAAUCUAUUGGAUAAAGAGCUUGUUAAACUCCAACAACACGUUUACAUGUAUUUACUUCAACGCUAUUUACUGAUGAGAUAUGAGUCGGAAAAUGAGGCAAAACUCAAAUUAUUACGAUUUAUGAAUGGUUUGCACGAUAUUACGUAG